UCAAAUUCUUAGCCAAUCAAAAUUAACAUUGACAUAACCUAAAUAUCGUAUGUUGAAUUAAGCGCCAUUUCUCUUUCUUCAUAAGAAAAGUUCUUCACUCCUUAAAAAAUAUGUCGGACGUUGAAAAUGAUGAUGUACCUUCUGCGAUGGCAGCAGGAGGUGCAAUGGAUGUCAACACAGCCCUUCAAGAAGUUCUUAAAAAUGCAUUGAUUCAUGAUGGUGUUGUACAUGGUCUUCAUGAAGCUGCCAAAGCAUUAGACAAGAGACAAGCUAUGCUAUGUAUUUUAGCUGAAAAUUGUGAUGAGCCUAUGUAUAAAAAAUUAGUACAAGCAUUAUGUAAUGAACAUCAAAUUCCUUUAAUCAGAGUAGACAAUAAUAAAAAACUUGGUGAAUGGGCUGGUCUUUGUAAAAUUGACAGUGCUGGUAAAGCUCGAAAAGUUGUUGGAUGUUCCUGUGUUGUUAUAAAGGACUUUGGAGAAGAUACUCCUGCAAAAGAUGUUGUAAUGGAAUAUGUCAAACAAAGUUCUGUACACUAAUAUUUUUUAAUAAAAUAUUGGACAUAAAA